AUGUCUAUUACUGCAAAAAAAGUUGGAAAUAGAUAUGGUUGCACUGGGAGUUUCAAGGGUUUCGAAACGGCGUUGCCCGACGAACUCUAUGGACAGUUUAGAGUGGACGAAUACUAUUCAAUCAUAUCGGAGUUCAACAGUCAUGUCAGAAUACCAAAGGUUGCCGUAUUUCUAUUUCUUGUAAUGGAAAUGGUUACACUCGGUGUAUUGUUCUUUGCCAUCAACAAAAAUCUAUUAUUAGUUACCUACAUCGCUGUUGGUGUUUGCUCACUUCUCUCCGUCGGUCUCGUAGUAUUUGCAUUAGUAUAUCAAUCAUCUAAAUAUUUCGAAAAAGGUAUUGCAUUUACCAUCAAACCAAAGUAUCUAUCUUGUUCAGGAAAGAAAUUUAGAUUUAGAUUGACAAUUCAAUAUCCAGAUCAAAUUGUACAGAUACCACUUCAACAAGCACAGUCUUAUCAAUUUUUACCACCUACACAUAUCUAUGGUGUACCACAAUUCCAACCAUAUAUGACACAACAACAGCAACAACAGAUGAUGCAACAACAGCAACAACAACCACUGCUACAACAACAACAGCAACCACAAUCACAACAAACAAAUACAUCAACACAAACACCACAACCAAUGCCACCAGGUUACUUUCAACAAUACUAUCCACAACCAGUACAAAGCACAUCGAAUCCAUUUUUAAUUUCAAUCGAUCAAAGUGAUGCCUAA